CCCCGCGCGCCCCGCCCCGCCCCCGGCCCCCGCCGCGCGACUGCGGAGAAUGAGCGCCCGCGGCCGCCGAGCGCCGCCGGAGCGGGAGCCCCGGGGACCUCGGGCCGGCCCCGCGCGCCGCCAUGUCGGUGGCCUUCGCGUCCGCCCGGCCGCGAGGCAAGGGGGAGGUCACGCAGCAAACCAUCCAGAAGAUGCUGGAUGAGAACCACCACCUGAUACAGUGUAUCCUGGACUACCAGAGCAAGGGCAAGACGGCCGAGUGCACCCAGUACCAGCAGAUCCUGCACCGGAACCUGGUCUACCUGGCCACGAUCGCGGACUCCAACCAGAACAUGCAGUCCCUGCUCCCUGCCCCGCCAACCCAGAACAUGAACCUGGGCCCUGGAGCACUGUCCCAGAGCAGCUCCAGCCAGGGCCUGCACUCCCAGGGCAGCCUCAGCGAUGCCGUUGGCACGGGCCUGCCCCCGGCCUCCCUCAUGCAGGGCCAGAUCGGGAACGGUCCAAACCACGUGUCCAUGCAGCAGACAGCUCAGAGCACGCUGCCCACCACCUCCAUGAGUAUGUCAGGCAGCGGCCACGGCUCGGGGCCUGGCUAUAGCCACUCGGGACCCGCCUCGCAGAGCGUGCCCCUGCAGGGCCAGGGCGCCAUCGGCAACUACGUGUCACGGGCCAACAUCAGCAUGCAGUCCAACCCAGUGUCCAUGAUGCACCAGCAGGCAGCCUCGUCCCACUACAACUCGGCACAGGGCGGGAGUCAGCAUUACCAGGGCCAGUCGUCCAUCGCCAUGAUGGGCCAGAGCGGCCAGGGGAGCAGCAUGAUGGGGCAGCGGCCCAUGGCGCCCUACCGGCCCUCCCAGCAAGGGUCGUCCCAGCAGUACCUGGGCCAGGAGGAAUACUACGCUGGCGAGCAGUACGGCCACGGCCAGGCCGCCUCGGAGCCCAUGGGCCAGCAGUACUACCCUGACGGACACGGCGACUACGCCUACCAGCAGUCAUCCUACACGGAGCAGAGCUACGACCGGUCCUUUGAGGAGUCCACGCAGCACUACUAUGAGGGCGGAAACUCGCAGUACAGCCAGCAGCAGGCGGGGUACCAGCAGGGCACAGCCCAGCAGCAGGCGGGGUACCAGCAGCAGUACCCCAACCAGCAGAGCUACCCCGGGCAGCAGCAAGGCUACGGGCCUGCCCAGGGAGCCGCCUCGCAGUACUCCGGCUACCAGCAAGGACAAGGCCAGCAGUACGGGAGCUACAGAGCGUCUCAGACAGGCCCGUCGGCCCAGCAGCAGCGGCCUUACGGCUAUGAGCAGGCAAGACCCAGCGUGUCUGUGGAGACAGGACCAAGGGCCAGUAUGGAAAUUACCAGCAGUAAGGAAGAAGCGGCUCUUGUUAGAGCCUUGCGGUGGCAUGUCCCUCCAUGGCUGGUCGGGCUGGUGGCAGUUCUGAUGAACUCCGACCUCUUGAUUGCCCUUCGGCCCCACACAGCGUCUGCAUGUGAAGCGUGCACAUUUCAUGCUGGGUAUGAUGCCAAGCAUGCUGGCGAGAGACAGCGCUUUGAUGGUGUGACGUAUCUGGUGCUGUGUGUAGGAUUGUAUGUCCAUGCAGUGGGGAGGUUGUCUCCUUUUUGUCCCCCCUCCUUGAUGUUUCUAGCUAGUGUUAGGGGUCCUCUUGUCAUCAGAGUAUUCUGUGCCCAGGAAUGGGGCACAGCUACAAGAUGCCAUAGUCCGUGUGUUCACAUAAAUGGGCCUCAGGUCCGACUCUCCUCACACACUUGUCGAACUGUGGGUUGUAAACUUGUCUUUCACUGGCUACACCGCAGCCGGACACACGCCACAGCCCCUGGAUGGCCGCCUCUUCCUGUGCCUCCGUGGGGGGAAGGCAUCUUCUAUGUCUUGGGUCAGUGUCUGUUACACAAUGAAAGGGAUAAAUAUGCUUCAUGCGGAGAGGCUGUGAACAGUCUUUCCCAGAGCUCACACAUUACCUGUGUCUCUCGCCAAUUGUGUUUAUCCAAAAUGUCCUAUGUGUUUGUACUAAAAAGUACAGAGGGAUCAAUGAUUAUAUUCCAAAUAAACGUACAAUUAGCCUAACCCAGGGAAGGAAAGAGGGUAGUUUCUGAAGGAAAGAGAGGGCUCUCUGAAAUGGCUGGCAUUGGCCCUUGUUUAUCUGAUGGUCACUUAUGGGAUUUGGAUAUUUGAUAUGCCCAAUUCUAAAUUGAUAACUUAAAAUAUUUAUACCAAAUUUUCCGAACAGUUUUAUAUUUUUUUGUUUAUUUUAUAUUAUUUUUUGUUUUAUAUUAUUUCUUCCAGGACUUACUUGUUCAGAUCUCCAAGCAAGCGUUCCUUUUCUUUUAGAGAUAUCUGAAAUUCAGAUCUUAUUUUUAAAAAGAAUCCCACAAAUUUUACUGUGUUCUUCCUAAUGAAAAGGAAAGGUUUUAUAUGGGAAAAUUUGAGUAAAUUUUACAUUCCUAGGACAUCAAAUCCCAUUUAAAUUCUACACAAACAUUAAAGACAGCUCACUUGGAAAAGUAUAGUCAAAAGAAAAACUCUGUAUUUCACUAAUUAGUAACACAGACAUUCUGUCAACUUUUACCUGGACAGUAAUACCCACAUGAAUACUUUAAAAACAUCUUCGGAUAAAUGCUGACAUACUUCUAAGAACAACCAAGAAAAUAAAUAAAAAAUCCAAUUCUUGAUAUAUCAGGUCUACUGAAAAUGAUUUUUUAAAUUGAUAAGUUUCAGAAAUGUUUUAAAAGUCUAAAGUAGUUCUUUAUCCAGAGCUGUUGAAUGGUUUACAGUUUAUGAGGUAUUUUAUGUUGUUUUUGUUUUGUUUUGUUUUGUUGCUUGAAUGAAUCCUGACAGUCCACACUGGGAAAUAUGGGGGCAAUUACUGUUCCCAUUUUACCGAUGAAGAACCAAGGCGCAGAUUAAAGAUUGCCCCAGACGAGUGCCAGUUCUAUUCUAGGAUAUUUUCCCCUCUUCUGUGGGGACAGAAUCACGCAAGCACUGGGAUAGGAGUGUUUAUCUUAGAGGCAUAUGGGUUUUAAAAACUCUUGACACUGGUAAGGGCUUAGAAAUACAUAUCUAUAUUAAAUUCUGAAAUGAGAGUUCUUAAUUGCUAAAUGACACAGACAUUAGCAAUUUCAUUUAGGGAGGUGUCUCCCUCGCUUCUGUUCUUUCUUGGCAGUUUUGAUAGAGCUAAUUUGCAAACUCAUCAGGGGACUAAAAUUCCCCAUUGAAAAUGUUAAACAUUUUAGAUAACUGUGAAAGUCGUUUUAUUUUUAUUCCUUACCAAUCUGCGAAUAUGCCUUUUGUGUGUGUGUGUGUGGUUUUUUUAAGUGCUGUAUUAAUACUUUUUGAAAGAAAAGGACACUUGAACUUAUCCCAAAACUUCAAUCUGAAAUGUCUUACAUUAAGAAUUUCUUGAAUGUUGUGUAUAUAUUUUAAAAAGCACUUUGUGAAAUAGUUUGUACAUUUAUUUCCUAA